UGUAUUUUUAACAUAUUUCUUAGUAAUAAAUUUAUUUUCAUUUUACCCAACAUGAAAGAAAAAUACAUGUUUGUGAUUUCCUGGGUAAUUAUCUUUCACCUGUCCUUUUGUCAAUGUGCAAAAAGUGAAAUCAUAGAGAUUUACAAGAAUCACAUCAGCUGUGAAACCCUUAAGCAUGAAUUUCAAGAUGCUGCUAAGGAUUUCACCACAAAAAUUCUUAAUAAUGCUGUUCCUGUGACCUACUGCAAUAAAUCAGUUGGGAUGUACCUGAGGUUUGAAGAAACCUAUAAGAACCUAACUACACACAUAGAUGCGAAUAAUGUCAGCUGCAAGUAUCAAUACUUUAACGUGGAUCGACUAGGGGUAGUUGAGACGAUGUACAAUCAACUCCACAGUAUGUGGGAGAUGGGAUUUUGCGAUGAUUGCUAUGCUAAUACAACUUCCGCCACUCCUUCAAAUACCACGGGGGACUUUUACAUCUAUUGGGAACACAUUCAUCAGUGUAUAGAAAAUACUAGCCGGUCAGGUGAUCCCUGCCUCAUGUGCAUGGGUCAGUAUCAGAAGUUAAAUGAUUUUUACGAUGGGAUAAAAAGUGAGAAGAACGACAGGAUAUGCUUCGAUUUGCAAGAUGCAAUGAAUCGUACAAGAAUCCUUUGGUCAGUGAAGCUCAAUUGUUGCCGGGACAGAAACAGCUCCAUGCUAACUGCAUAUAUUAUAGCUGGAGUUGUCUCAUUUUUACCGUCUUUAUUCUAUGUAUUUAUCUAUUUCAACAAGCGAUACCAUGAACGUUAUGAUUUCCUUUCGGAUGGGCACGAAACACCUCCGGAGGAAGUUGAAAAUACAGCUAAUGCAAGAGAUCACCAAGAUCAUGCAGAUAUACAAGCUGGACCAUCGAGAGUUACUGCAGAAAUGCCUCACAAAGUAAAAGAGUUGCUCAAGGAGAGAAGACACGAUGACGAUGAAGAACUCCUUUCUAGUACUCCUAAGAAAAGUGAAAUACAUAGCCAAAAGUAAAUUAUUUAUACAAGCCAAGAGACUUUAUUUUCUCUCAUUUAUAUUUCUGUAUUAUUUUGAACACAGCGAAAUAAAAAGUGAAGAAAAAUUUCUAAAAAUAU